AUGACAAUAAACCGUUAUUCCUAUAAUGGCCCCAUAGAUCACACAGUCAUUCCUCAACUUGAGAAUGUGCGUGGAAAGUCAAUCAUUGUGACAGGAGGCGCCAAUGGUAUGGGCGAAGCCUUUGUAAGAGACUUUGUCGCCGCUGGUGCCUACGUUACUUUUGCCGAUGUCAACGAGGAGCGUGGCCAUGUAAUUGAAGCGGAACUUAAUGCUAGUGGCACAACCUGCGCUUUCGUGAAAUGCGACAUCAGAGAUUGGGAGCAACAAAAGACAGUCUUUGAGAAAGCAAAAAGCCAGAGUGCUAGUAACAGCAUUGACGUUGUUAUUGCCAAUGCUGGCAUUAGUCGGAGUUCCGGCGACAGCUUGUGGAACUUGGAUGAUCCCGAAGGCGAGCCAACAAAGCCUGACCUCAAUAUUGUCCGGGUCAAUAUAGAUGGCACAUUCUACACCUGGAAACUAGCCGUUCAUUACUUCCGUAAGCAGCCAGUCAAUGAAGAGCGCGAUCGUUGCUUCAUCAUAACCGGCAGUAUGGUGGCAUGGAUAGACUCUCCAGGCAACUGGGAGUACACUGCGACGAAAUAUGGACUACGUGGUUUUAUGAGAACAGCUCGAAGAUCCAGCCAUGAGCAAAACAUCCGAAUCAACUACGUUGCGCCAUGCUGGAUCAAGAGUGCUAUUCGAACAGCAGAGUAUGAAAAAUGGCUCAUCGAUCAUGGCGUCGAAUUUGGCGAGCAGAAGGAUGUUUCUAGCUGCAUGUUGCGGAUUGCUACUGAUAGGACCAUUAAUGGGCGGUCCUUGAUGAUAACUCCUCGGUCGAUUGCAAAAGAGGGAUUCGUGGAUAUUGAUAGGGAGGACUACAAGGAUACUCCGGAAGAUGAGUACCUAAAGAAAGUUCAGGCUUCUCAACUAGUUAUUAUCAAGGACAAAUGGCUGGACGACUACAAGGUUAGGGUAUAUAAGGACUAG